UUUGAAUUCUGCAGUCGUCAUGGGCGGGCUCCGCUCCUCCAUCAAAAAUUCCUUAAGGAUACAAACAACAGUUUUGGAUUGCUUGCCCAGGCCUGCCCUCCCAGCCGGCCGCGGGCAUAUGCCUUGCGCGCGAGAUUAACUUUUUUCCAAGUUCCCACUUACAAAAUCUUUUUGAUAUGUCACUCGAUUUAGUCUGGCAGUGUCCUUGGUGCCUGGGUCCCCUUAUAAGCGAAGGGACUCACCAGAUGUCACAGUCAGACGUUUAUCAUGUCAAGCAAUACAACCACGAUUUCCCCAGCUAUCAUAGUGCCUCCGUCGCCUCCGCCUGGGACCAAUUAUAUUGCAAUAAUACAGCCAUCUCUGAACUCGAUCAUGAUUGGACACACCUUCACUGUCAUUCUGAUUCCCCUGAUUUUUGCGCUCUUUUAUUUCUCCACUCCACUUUCACGAAGAAGACCCAUAUUUAUUCUCAAUGUCAUAGCCAUCAUUCUGGCAUUUACUGCUGGGAUUAUGAUCGACAGUCUUGCGAUUCAUUCAAUGCUGUCCCCAUUGGACGCAUGGCCGCCAUCAGUUAACAUCGCUAUUGGAAUUAUAGGCGCAUUUCAAUCGAUCCUUGUUGACCUUAUCCUUCUGCUACGUCUUGCACUGAUAUACCCUUACACCAUUGUGGGUCCGAAACGUUUCGCCCUCAUCACCACACUUCCUGUACUCUUGAAAAUUGCGCGCCUCGUCAACAUGUUUUUAUUCAUUAAAGUUCUUGCGGAUGCUGCGCGUGGCCCGACGGGAAGCGAAAACAUCGCAGUGGUGUGGGCCACUACACCCUACCUCAAGAUUGAGUGGUCAGCUCAGCUCGUCGAUAAUGCCUAUGCCUCCAUAGCCUUCCUCUGGGCAAUCCGUCUUCGAAGAAAAUAUAGAUCAAGUGUUGAGAGUGAAAUCAGCCCACGGAGAACGACGUUUGGGCAACGCAUGCGCACUCUUUUCUACAUAUCGGUCUCUAACUUCGUCUUUCCUUCUCUCUUGUCCCUCGCACAGCUGGUUGUUGUGUACAAAAACGUAUACGUCCUCACAGUCAAUGAGAUCGUGCUCGUCAACACCAUGGUUGCUGUCAUCGGUGUCGUGUUUGCGACCGUAUGGGCCGGCUCUGUAAAUUACCAAGACGAAAAAACCGAGCCUGACGGCGUGUUUGAAAAAGCGCAGGCUGCGUCGUUUGAUGGACCAGGAACGUGGAAAGUCGCCACAGUCCAGCCUAGUUUGACAAUGGGAUCGACUGCUAUUACUGAACGGAUGCGCACCACGGGUGGGGAGAUCAGGCUCGUUGACACGAAUCAAACUUCAGACAUCUUUUCGAAAUCUUCUGCAGGAGAUUUACGAGGACAAGGCGCUUUCUAAUUAGCGCUAGUCCACGGGCGUCUACAUACAUUGUAUGCGAUCGUGGCAAGCAUGCAAAAACGAAGUAGGUGUUAUGCUACACAGAUAAUUUAUUGGUCAAAGCGUCAACACCUUUUAUGGUGCGCGAACACACGAAACGGUACAAGAAUUGAUGGAGUGAAAGGGAGAAAUUAGGCUACAGUAUCACAUUUACUUGAUUUCGGUGCCUAUUAAUGUGAAGCAUGAGGCCUUGAGGACUUAAACGACACAC